AUGCCUACAUAUUACAAACAUACGCUCUUCCUCUGGAUCGAAGGCUACUUUCCAAAGCGGAUUGCCUAUUACCUUCUCUCCAAGGGCAUCUGCUCCUCUGUAGAGCAGCUGUGCGAUGGGAAGACUAACGAGAGCAAUCUGAAGAUUGUGUCCAUUACUUUUACUGGUGAUAGCUUCAUUUCUGAAGACCCUGAAGAGCCCUUGCCAUCUGGAACCAAAGUUCCCGCACUUCGCCUUGAUGAUACCGACAACGGCAAAUCGAUCUGGAUCCACGAGACAUGGAGCAUCAUUAACUUUCUGGAAGAAGUUUUUGAUAGCGAUAAGUACCGCAAAAUGUGGGCUUCGAAUCCCAUCAACAGAGCCAUUACCCAAGACGCCCUCAGCUACAUCGCCCUCGCCACAGACGCCGGUCGUGUCUGGCUCGUCAAUUGCGCUCCAUACAUGGCAGAUUUCUGGAACAUCCCCGAUUCUGAACUGAGUCUCCCCGUCGGACGUCGUGCCCGACGUGAAUUCGAAGAGCACUUCAGAACGCUGCAGAAUGUGUGUGCUGACAAUCUUACCUCAACGGGCUGGCUUACGCCUGCGGCUGACGCAGGCCCAGGCUUGGCUGACGUGAUGCUCGCUGCAACGGUGAGACAUACGGAGUUGAGCUGGAGUGAAUUUAUUCUGAAGCAUGAGGAGCUUGGGAAGUUGAGGCAGUGGUAUGAGAACUUUAAGACGGUGGGGUUUUGGCAUGCGCUGGAGGAGACGGGGCGGUUCCCUGAGAAUGCGAAGCGUGGAGAGGGAUCUGUUCGGAAGUAG